GAUUGAUAUCAGGUCGCGCCUUCCUGUUCUACAUUCACGCCUUCCUUCCUUCCUUCCGUUCUUCGACAGAAUAUUAAGUCCAGCAGAGCUGCCGAUCUACCUCCGGUCAACCUUCUUCUCAAGACACAGAACGUAAACUACAGUCGAUCUCUCCACCCUCGCUCCGAAUCUCAAGAUGCGUUCUUCAAUCAUUCUUGGUUCGAUCUGCGCCGCUCUGGCCAUGGCUUCUCCCAUCAAUAAGGCUGUCCACAAGAAGGACUUUGUCUACGAUGUCACCACCGAGAUUAUCACUAUCACUGUCACUGAAGGCGAGCUUCCUGCUACUAGCCCCUCCGUCCCUAAGGUCACCAUUCACACCACCGUGACUCCAACCCACAAGGUUCACAGCCAUGUCAAGUCCUCCUCCACCUCGGUCUAUGUUGCUCCUGCACCUACGACCACCUCGAUCGCUCCCGCACCUCCAUCGACCACCCACACAACCCCAGCUCCGGCACCAACCACUUCAACUACCGAGGCUGCCCCCGUUGUUGUUGCGACAUCUACGCCCGAGGCCAAGGUCGUUGCUACCUCCACCGAGGCUGCCCCUGCUGCAUCUGCAACUGACUAUCAAUCCACUGCCCUCUACCACUCCAAUGCCCACCGUGCCAACCACUCUGCCAGUGCUCUGGUCUGGGACGACACUCUUGCCGGAUAUGCCUUGGCCACAGCUAACACUUGUGUCUUUGCCCAUGACAUGACCGAGGGAGGUGGUGGAUACGGCCAAAAUCUUGCAGCUUAUGGCACCACUGGUGACAUUGCUUCCUUGGAUCUUUCUUCCUUGGUUGCUGAUGCAAUCACCAACCAAUGGUACUAUGGUGAAGCUGCCAACGUUCCUUAUGGCCAGAAUGACCCAGCUGUUACCAACGUUCCCGAGUUCUUGCACUUCACUGCGCUAGUCUGGAAGGCUAGCACCAAGGUUGGAUGUGCUACAGUCCAAUGUGGGGCUGGAACAAUCUUCAGCUAUCACAGCUUGUACACUGUCUGUGACUAUGCCUCUGAGGGCAAUGUCUUGGGCGAGUUUGCUACCAACGUGGUUGAGCCAAUCGGCCUCGCCGGCAUCACCGCAUCCAUCUCAUAAACAAAUUUGGUUACGAAUGAUUCCAUGAGCAUCACGGUUCCUACACUGCUCCGGAAGCAAAGCCAUCUUCAUGUACAAUUUUGCCGGUCGUUGUGGUCGUGCGCUGGUCCACGGCUCGACAAUCACUUAUACACGCCUCAUACACUGGUUGAUUAUGUUGGGAUAGAGCACUCCUCUGGAGGGUGACCAAAAAUUUCUUUCAACU